UACGUGGCAUAUAGAAAUUUAUAAAUAAUUUAUAUAUAAAUUCUAUCCCUUCAAAGAUCUAACGUAAAGACAUAGAUCUUUGUAGUAUAAGCUUUAAUUACAUUGUUAAAAGUUAAGCAGAUGCUGCAAUUAUCAUUACGCAUUAUUAUUACAGUUAUUAUAGAUAUAUGUGCUUAAAUUGCGUUUCUUAACACAGUAAGUAUCGAAUAAGAACUUAUGAAUAAUUUAUGACCUCUCAGUAACAUCGUGAGUAUCUGCAGUGCACGUCAUAGAGUACAGAAAGUAAAAUCGGAAUGGAAAGUCGAACGCAAUUAAUUCAGAGCAUGAAACUCUCUUUAAAAGCCAAUGCAAGUAAAAUCUUGACCUUCGAGAAAAAGUAGCUGAUACGAUCAUAUCUCACAGGCGGAAUAUUGUACUACGUGUUUAAAUACUUUAAAGCCAUGUGUAACUUUGCGUAAUCUCGAGGGAUAUCCUGAAUUUAACUUGGCGCGCGAUAUAUCGCAAAAGACAUUUUAUUCCAAGCGGGAUACCUCCAUCGAUACCAUCGACAGACUUAAUAUCACAUUAAGCUGUAAAUAAUUAAUUAAUAAUUAUAUCAACGUAUAUCUCCGAGCGUUGGAUGAUAAUGUGACAAGAGUAAUCAAUAUUUUUGCAGCGACGAGCGAAAAACUACCGAUGCCAAUUUAUCGCUGGGAACAUCGAGAUGAAAGUAUCGAUACGUCGAUCGGAAUCACGACGUCGUCGGCAUUCCCAACAUUCCCGACGUUCCCAACCAAAACGGUGGUGGGACCGUGUUUAUCCGUGUGGGAGAUGUGAGUGCAGAAUCACGAGACUGGCGAUUUGCGACGCGAUCGCUGUAUGAUCGGUCGUCCGAUCGUGUCUUCUCGAGUGGACAAGACAAGGUCGCUCGCUCACUCGUUCAUUCUUCGUGCCGCGUCGCAAGUGUUCCCGACAAGCGGCGACGAUACAGCCAGGCGAGCUGUCAUGCCUAUCAGUUGAUAAACCGAUCGAGAUAAUGAGAGAUAACGAUUCGUCGGAGAUGUGGACGAUGCGGCACCACGGGAAUGCGAGCCGUGUAUGACUAGUAUGAAUCAUUUUGAUAUUGAUUUCCUGUGUACGUUCAAAGAAUUCUAGGCUUUUCAAAAGAUGAGUCCAAUCAGAAUCACUACUGCGGACAGUCUCGACUAUCGUUACAUACCCAUCACAAAAAACAGCGUUAGUUUAGGCAUUAAAGCUAGUCACGAUGCAAGGAUUGCCUUACGGACACAUCUUGGUAGCGAUUCCAACGUGUAUGAGAUUAUUAUCGGCGGAUGGGGAAAUACUAUGUCGGCGAUAAAAAGAAAUAAUACGGAACCAGAUGUGGCAGAAGCAGACACCAGGGAUAUAUUGAAUCCUGAUGAGAUAUGUGAUAUUUUCAUACAAUGGUCUUGCGAUGGACUAUUAAGCGUUAGCCGCGAGGAUGAUUUUGACAUGCCGUUCAUGUCUUACAAAGACAGAAGCCCAUUUGUCAUAAAUUAUAUAGGAGUUAGUACUGCUUGGGGUGCAACCGGAGAAUGGAUAAUUGAAGAAUGCCAGUUCACGUCACCUGCCAUCAGGCAACAACUGAUGGACACGUGCCACUUCUGGGUGGACUUCAACGAGGCGUUUGGACUACCUCGAAACGCAGUAAUGGCCUCGGAGGACGGCUUGUACAUCGGUCGGGCGCAUCAUCAGGGCACAGUGACACCGGGUGGCAUUCGCGACAACGUCUGCACGCUCGCGUGGGGCGGCAAUGCCCACGAGAAACGAGAAUUCCAGGUGCUGUGCGGCAAGGACGUGAACUGGGUGAAGUCGUGGGAGGGUAGCGUGCCACUGCACGCCCUGCCCGCCGGCGAAACCGAGGACGGUUACGCUCUAUUCGUCGGCAGAGUACUGCACGAAGGUAUCUAUUGCAUCGGCAAGAUACAACCGAAUCACCAGGUAUGUUACAUACCGCAAAACGGCCAAGAAAUGCCCUAUAUGGAAUACGAGGCCUUGGUCAUACAUGACAACUACGGGGUCGAGUGUAUCGGAAGGUAAAGCGACGGACGGCUUAGAGACAGAAUGUAUUUAUUUUUCCACGAGACAAAAUAUUUUUCGCAUACUAUGAUUAAAUGCAAGUGAUCCUCUCCAUAAAAUUUCAACUGGAGUUGCUUGUACGCUUACUUACGUAAGCAUCACACAGUUAUUUGUAAUAAUUCAAAAUUAUAAUUUAUAACAUAUCUUUUAUGAAUACGAAAUAUUGCAAAAUAUAUUGCAU